AUGGCAAUGGUUGGUAGUAAUAGCAGCAGCAGCAGCAGCUGUUUAGGUGCUAAAGCAGAAGAGAAAUGGAUAAAGCACUAUAGCUCUUCUCAUAAAAUACUUCUAGUUGGUGAAGGUGACUUUUCUUUUGCUGCUUGCUUGGCUAAAGCCUUUGGAUCUGCUUCCAAUAUGGUUGCAACCUCUCUUGACUCUAAAGGUGAGCUGAUAAUAAAGUAUUCAAGGGCUGAAAUGCACUUGAAAGAGCUACAGGAUUUAGGGUGCAGAAUCAUUCAUAAAGUGGAUGCUAGUACUAUGAGCCAAUACUCUCUUCUGGCGCACACUACUUUUGACAGGAUAGUCUUUAAUUUCCCUCAUGCUUCUCUUAAAUGGCGUGAACAUGACAAGAAACAAAUUGAGCUUCACAAGAGGGUAGUGAAGGGGUUCCUGAUAAGUGCAAGUAAAAUGUUGACAGAGAAUGGAGAGGUACAUGUGACUCAUAAGACUGCACAUCCAUUUUGCAACUGGGAGAUAGAGAAAUUGGCGGAAGAAGUUGGGCUGUAUAAUUUUGGGUGUGCGAUCUUUUGUGAAUGGGAUUAUCCAGGAUAUGUUAAUAAGAGAGGACAUGGAAUUGGAAGAUGUGACGAGACUUUUCCAGUUGGAGAAUGCCGCACCUUCAAAUUUAUAGGAUCCCCCUUACAUUUGUUUUUGGGAGCAAUUCACCUUAAUUAG